AUAAUUUCUGUUUGCAGAAAUAAUGAGAGUUGCUGCAGGGUGGCCGCAGCUGGCGCCUGGCAGUGAAACACUCGCCACUCGGUGACUCGUGCCUUGCUGCUGCAGUUGUUGAGCCAGUGUUUGUAGUGGGAACAGGAUUGGAUUUAUUUUGGAACCACUUUCCUCCUUUGACGUGCACUAAAUCAGCAAGAAGCAGGCAGAACCAUGUCUAGUGUGAGGUGGGGAGCAAGGUCCCUUCGACGGCUGCUGUCUGUUCAGAAUUCUCAGAUUAUAAGUAAAAAUGGUAUUAUGUGCUCAAGGGUGUGGGGACACCAGGUGAAAGGGAAAACCUUGCUAGUGGUACGUCCAUUGAGCUCCAGCCCCACCUUUUUGCAGUCUUCCUCCACAGGGCCUCCAUCAGAUGGCUCAGGUGGGGACAAUGGAAAUGGAGAUAAGGAUGCUCAGAAGAACAAGAAUGAGAAGAACCAGCUGUGUUGUCCCAAAUGUGGAGAUCCUUGCAUUCAUGUGGAAACAUUUGUGUCUUCAACAAGGUUUGUGAAAUGUGAGAAGUGUCACCACUUCUUUGUUGUACUGUCAGAAGUUGAUUCAAAGAGGAAGAAGAAAGAAAAGAGAGAUGAUGCAAAGACUUCCUUUAGCCACAGAUCGCCUCCUCCACCUCCAAAGAAGAUCUAUGAAUUCCUAGACAAACAUGUAGUAGGUCAGGAACGCGCAAAGAAGGUGUUGAGUGUGGCUGUGUACAACCACUACAAACGCAUCUAUCACAAUAUUCCACAGACCAAGACAGAUUCCCUCCACCUGGACACAGCCUCUAUAUCACAAGGACUCACCAACAGGGACAUUGGGACUCUGGACCUACUUCACAUUGCUGGCAUUAGUCAGAGUCAUGCACUGGGGGUCAAUGCAACUGAUCAACAGCAGCAGCAAGACUCACACCAGCAAAUGGAUGACCAGCAGCAAGGACGUGGAAAACAAGGUCUUUCUAGCAAUUCUCACGGAUCAGAUAUUUUGGACGCUACUACUCACCUCCUGCGGCUUGAGAAAAGUAACAUUCUCCUUCUAGGUCCUACUGGCUCAGGCAAGACCCUUUUGGCCCAGACAAUAGCACAGUGCUUGGAUGUACCUUUUGCCAUCUGUGACUGCACCACCCUCACUCAGGCAGGUUAUGUAGGUGAGGACAUUGAAUCAGUUAUUGCCAAGCUGCUGCAGGAUGCUAAUUACAAAGUGGAAAAAGCACAGUGUGGCAUUGUGUUCCUGGAUGAGGUGGACAAGAUUGGAGCUGUGCCUGGCAUCCACCAGCUGAGGGAUGUUGGGGGUGAAGGGGUGCAGCAGGGAAUGCUGAAGAUGUUGGAGGGAACGGUGGUGAAUGUACCAGAACGUAACUCUCCAAGGAAGCUUCGUGGUGAGACUGUGCAGGUGGACACAACAAAUAUCCUGUUUGUGGCAUCUGGUGCUUUUAAUGGCCUUGACCGUAUCAUCUCCAGAAGAAACAAUGAGAAGUAUCAAUACUUGGGCUUUGGCAUUGGAGGACAGUCAGCAGGUCGGCGAGCAGCAUCACAAGCAGAUGUGGCCCAUCAGACAGCUUGGACAGAUGCAGAGGAGGAUAACCAUGAGAAAGAUGCACUGCUGUCUCAAGUAGAGGCUCGGGACCUGAUUGAAUUUGGCAUGAUUCCAGAAUUUGUUGGGCGGUUUCCUGUGUUGGUGCCUUUCCACUCCCUGACUAGAGCUAUGCUUGUUAGGAUUCUCACAGAACCCAAGAAUGCCCUCAUCCCACAGUUCCAGAUGCUCUUUGGUAUGGACAAGGUUGAGCUAUCAUUUACCCCAGAGGCCAUGGAUGCCAUCUCCCAGCAGGCCAUGGACAGAAAGACUGGAGCCAGGGGUCUGCGCUCCAUCAUGGAGAAUUUAUUGUUGGACUCAAUGUUUGAGAUUCCUGGUUCAGACAUUGUGAGUGUUCAUAUCACAGCUGAAUCCGUAAGAGGAGAAGCAGCUCCAAUUUUUGUACAUGGCCAGCCAGUCCCUUCAGAAGAAGAUCAGGAGGAAGAGCAGGUUUUGGCACAGGCUAAAUGAACCUAGGUUUGAAAUAGACAUUUAUUGGUAGGUCCAGGUCAUAGGGUUUUUUCUUAGUGACCGAUGUAUCUCAAAUUGAAGUGUGGUGGUCUUGUGAGAUUAAUUGUGGUUGUGAAGGUAACAGGCAAACUAGUCAGUUCAAUUUUUUUUUUCUUUAUUUUCUGUCAGUAAACAGAGGCAGUAAUUUUCUUCACUUCACACUAGUUAAUCCACACAGUUGUUAUGUACUUUUAGAACGGUUUUAAAGCAAAAUGUUGAUAAGCUUCAUCACAAAUUCCAAGAAUUUGUGUCCAUUUUAUAUUUUUAAAGAAUAAUUACAAAAUUUGGAUGAUCUAAGACUGUCUUUGAAUAUAAUUUGUGUUGAAUUUCAGUUUUAUAAUGCUGGUAGCUUAUUUUGUUGUCUGCAUCAGAAAUACUAGAAAUUAAUAUUUAAACAUUAUUGAUUGACAUACAGAUCUAGACCAUGAGAGGUUACAUUCCCUAUGUUAACCUAAAUGAUCAACUCAGGGGAGAUAUUACAUGAGUUACUGAAGAAUUUCAAUGGAAAGAAAUCUGUUCCUUUUCUAGGCACCUAUAACACCCGUUUGUGUGAUGGUGAAAUCUUCAGCAUCCUACUCAUGAAGAGUUUAGAUGUGGAGAGCUGUGGUAUGAAAAGAGAGCUGGUGUAAAAAAAGAUGGCUAUAGUUUUAGAAGAUUGAGUUGUCUCAGCCCAAUCAGCCAUUAACCACUAGUGUUUGCUAAUAUAAACAAGGCAUGGAUCACCGUUGUUCCAAUAGGUGCUCAACUGUGAUGUUAUGAGAUGGUUGGCUGCUGCUUUGCACAACCUGAUUAUGGCAAUCUCCACUGGGGAGAGUUUUAAGGUACAAGUGUGAGAUACAGAAGAAAAAAAAAAAAAAAAUCAAAAACAAGUCACUUGUCUCUUUUAUCAUAUCACAUGCAGUGAUUAUUUUUGCAUGUUCUUCACUCCCUGUCUGGUUUCAAGCAAGGUGACAUUUUGAUGUACAUACCUAGACACUAGCUCUUACCAGUUCUAAGGAAAAUGGUAUUCCCAUAUUGACAAAAAUGUUCAUAACCUUAUUUAUAUUAUUCAGUCUUCUGAUACAAAGUAUUAAAUUUAUUAUGCAUACAGAUUGGUUACAGCAGAUGUUUGUGUAUCAUCUUAUCAUUAUUUUUUAAAUUCAUCUUGCCCAUUUUUCAUGCUUUACUUCUUAAUGUGUUGUUACAUUAAAUUUAGGGCUGGGGAGAGAAAUCUAAUACACUGGAAAAGUUGUAAAUUCUUUACAGGUUCUAGCAUGUUGAAAACAAGUGGAUGUGGAAAUUCUUGAGUUGAGCCUCUGGUAUAUUGAGGAUGAUGUGGCAUGGCCUUGUGCAGAGUUAGACACCAUCAUGGUAAUGCAUGCAGAAAACACAGUGAUCAAAAACAUCUCUGAAUAUUUUGUAUUCUAUAUUUUUCUAUAUUCUCUAUCUGUUGAUGUUCUAUACACAGUCACAUGCCAUGCUUUGAUUCUAGUGUACUAUAGACCUGAUUGUUACCUCAUUUGAUAAUGAUUACUCCUUGGCUUCAGAUUUCAUGCCAUUAUUUUCUGCAUUGAUGCACAUUGCCACAAUGAAAAGAUCUACAUAGUCUUGCUGUAGUUCCCAGAUAAAUCCAAUCUUACCAUUACAAUACUGCAGUGUGUUAUCUAACUCACUGGUUGGAUUUUAGACCACUAUGUGUACAACAUUGAUGUCAUCUGUACCUACCUCCAAUUGACAGAUACCUUUUUUUGGAACAUUUUCAUUUUUGUGGAGCCAUUACUAAGUCAGUGAGUUAUGCUGAUGCAAAAGGGUAGUUUCUCUGUCCGGGUGUGCCAAAAGUCAUACAUAUCAUUGCUCUGCUGCAGUGCAAACAUACAUGUCUACUUGUUUUCAACUUGAACAGACAGAUACACAAGAAAAUGUGCAUCAUGUGGUGAAACCAUGGUGAUAUACUAAUGAUCUGUGAACUAAAGUAUACUUUCUUUUACAAAUUUGCAUAUCCAUUGCUGCCUCAAUGCAUCCCCCCUUUAUUAAAUUUGGCUUGUAAUAUGAGAUUUAUUAUUCAAUGAAAGGCGUAAUACAAAACAUUUUUGUAGAAAUUUGGUAAGAGAUACAGGAAUAAUUUUACUGGAAUAGAUUUUAUCUUUUUAUUGACUUUACCUUUGCAAUAAGAAUCCUUAAAAAAUGAUCACCAAAUUCUUAAUGCCACAUCAGAUUUAUUACUGACCUUCUUUGUAUUUCAGGAAGUAAUGUUGGUGUCAAAGGUCAUGCUUUACUGUCUGGUGUUUCAUCAUCUAUACAUUUGCAUGUAUUCCAUUUGAAUACUAUUGUAUGAAUGGCCAGAGGAAGGAACUCUUCAUUGGGAAAUGAUUGGAAUUUUGCUAUUGUUUUUUCUCCCUCUUUUCACUGAUGUGGAGACUGAAAUUACUGAAGAAGAAACCUCCUUUUAUAAUGAUUUGUACUGUCAUGGUUAAUAUAUUUUCAUUUAGAUAUGUAUUGGCAUGAAGUAGAAUUCAUGCCAUACAUUGUUAGUUAUAACCUUUGUGAAAAAUAACUACAUUUCACUAGAUAAUGAAUAGAACACAGCAAUCAAGAGUGUGUGCUGUGGAAUUGAGUUAUCUGAGGGGUCAAGUAAAGUGGCAAGAUGGGAGGGUGACAGCAAAGGAAGUAGAAUGGAUCAAAGGAGACCCGCCAAGAUGGUAAAGAUGGAAGGAUAAGGUAAAGGAGUACACCUUUGAAUCUGUUUGUGAAUGUUUAAAUAGACAAAAGAAAGUUUUCAUGUUUACUCCCUUUGAGAAAACUUUUAAAGAAAAUAAGGCAAUAGAGAAAUAGAUAUAGAUUGAUAGAUGAGGAAGAAAUCCACUAAGCUAUAGAAAAGUGUUAUAUGCUACCAAAGCUGUCAGUUCUACAGUACAUACCCAUUACUAUUUUAUAUUUGGUUAGUAUGUGCUUUUGUUUUAUUUUUACUGGACAAAACUGAAAUAUUGACAUAGAGAUGAUGUCACAAAUACAAACGGAGAUGUCACAAUAAAGGAAAUAGCAAGAAAAAUAAAAUAUCUAGUUAUUGCCAACAAAUGACAAAAUGUAAUCUGGUUAUAAGUCAACAGUUAUGUGUACAUAAAGAAGCCUGGAAUGGAUUUCAGGGAAUUGAUAUUCUAGAGCUUAAAUUCCACAGAAAGCUGCUGGACUACAAGAAAGCAGAAAAAAGAAAACAUCCACUUCAUUAAAUAUCAUCACUAAUGGAAACACUGAAAACUGUGGACCUAUGCAAGUCAAGUAUGCUUUCUCCAGAUGGUAAUGCAAGCAAAAGGAUAAAUAGCAAAGUAAGACCAGACAAAGGAAAAACAUUGAAUGAACAAUCAUUCCCUCAGAAAUGAGAGCUUGGUAUUUUCCAUGGUGGCUACUCUGACUUUAUUACAGUCUGACUUGUUGCUCAGAAAAGAUCUGCAAGUUGCUUGUUCAUUUUAUAGCAACAUGAGCUUAGUUAUUCCUUGCAAAUCCUGUGAAUUGGCAUCUUUUCACUUUGAAUAUAAAAUUUUCUUUAAUACCUUAGGUGUGGAGUAUUUUAUUAAUCUUUUUCAGUGAUGAAAAAAAAAAAAAAAAAAAAAAAAUUGAAAUGCCUUAUGCAACAGAUGGUUGGAAGUAAGAGAGGAACUUUUAGGAAUGUGAAAUUAGUGGAAAUCAUUUAUCAAACAUUGUUCAUAAAAUUGAGAUGAAAUGGGUUUGUGAUCAGAUGGAAACAGGAGAAAAAAAGAUAUUGCUUUUUUGAUACUAAGCAAUAGAUUUCCAUAGGGCACUUAGCCUGCUCUUAGAAUACUGAAUAUAUCCUAGUGUAGAGUAUACACAUGAAUUAUUUUCUUCCUUAUAUACUUACUCUUAUAUCUUAUGAUAUAAUCAUAUUUAGUAACUUCUGUUAGUUGUCUUCACCUAGCUUUAUACCAAUGAAAUAAAAGCUACUAAAAAUGUUCUAAAGCAUAUGAGUAGCCCCAUGCCAGAUCUGCUUUAUUUACAAAAUCUGAAAUUUGCCCAAAAUUGUACUCAGGAAGUCAGUAUAGUACUUCAAUAAUAAUGUCUAAAAAUGCCUGUCUAAUUUCAGGGUUUCAUCUUCAAAAUAAACCCCGGUGCGUUAGAGAAUCAGUUCAUCCCUGUGAUCUGAGUAACUAAUUAAUGAUUCAAAUAUCAUCUACGUUUCCUAUUUUUACUCAACUUGUCCGAAGUAAUGGAUAUCAUAAUAGUAAAUGUCAGACAUGCAGAAUAGCACAAAGAGAAAUGAAUAGAGAUAGGAAUUAUGACGAGUUUGUAACAAAUGGUACUGAGGCCCACUAGCUGUAAAUGAGGACAGUGUGAUUCAUUGGUGGCCAGUGGCAGCAACUGACUGCUUCAGUGCCAUGUGUACUCCUGAAAUGCAUCUGGUCUGCUAUUUCCAGAAAGUUUCAUUAAGAAUAGUAUUUUUUUUUUUUUUUUAUUUGAUAUCCAUUCAUUAUGCUGACAUCCACCUGAACAUCAUGGUGAUGGUGCACACAAAUGAAUAAUUUUUGCAGUAGGAGGCUUUAAGAAAAAGAUUCUUCCCAUGAUAACAUUUCACUUUCUAAUGUAACCAGAUUUAUUUAUGUAUUUCUAAAUACAUGUAGCUUACAGGGUUGGACAUGAUCAACCUUACAAUAUCAGAACACUAUUUCAAUGUAGGAAUAAACACAGAGAUUAUUUACAAUCUCUUAAUUACAUUCUUUUCAGUUGAAUUUCUUACAACACAGGAAAUACAUAGCAGUGGAGUGUGCAGCCAGGCUGUUCUCAUUACUAGAAGUAGACCUUAUUGUAAGGUAUCCACAUACUUAUCUGACAUACUAAUAAUUACAGAGCAUGCUAAAGGCAUAAACUCAAAUCCAUCAUGAAUAAGAAUUAGACUGAUCUGACCUAGGUCUACUCACAGCAUGCAAAGGUCAGCUCUGAGAUGUACAUAUUAGUUUUCAAAUAAUGUACUUUCCAAUUGCUCAAGUAUCCAAAUAACUGCAAUUCCUGCAAAACUGCAAGACUACUUGCCUUUUUUCUGAAGCCACAAAAUGCGACUGGAAUAGACCACCUCACUAAGUUUGUAAUCAAAUGUGUAUAGUAUAUUGCAGCAUUAUCAAUAUUCUAGUGAUGACUUCUUGAAACUUAUUAGUUUUGUUGAAACUGAUCAGUUUUGAUAUACAUGUGGCAAAUCACAUUAUAUCUUGUUUAAACCACAAAGAAAUGUAUGCCUUCAAUAAAUGAAGAUUGCAUAUG